AUGACAGAAAUGGGAACACUCGACAAGAUCAGCAAACGUCAAACAAGGAGGGGCAUCUUCACACCAGUGGCUGAGAUAGAAGAGGUUCUGGAGGAUUCGCAGCUCAGGGUGGCGGACAUCUCUGAAGCCUGCGGUAUGAGGUCUGACCACGGCAGUGGAUUGUACUCCGAGGGACAACUGUACACCAAGGUGGCAGACGUCUCUGGAGCCAGCGACGAGGAGGUGUACCAUGGCAGUGGACUUGACUCUGAUGGACAACUAGACCAAAAGAUGGCAGACAACUCGGGAGCCAGUGAUGUGGAGUCGGACCACAGCAGCGAACUGGACUCUGAUGAACGACUGGACCACAACUCGGGAGACGGACAUGCAGAGGGUGUGGUGAGCAGACGGCCUUCACCAGAGGAGCUCCGAGGGGAUCACAUGAACGACGCUUUGGAGGAUGACAGCAGUAGCAGCAUUGAUAGAAGCUCUUCUCCAUCCUCUCCUGACCCUGCACCCCAGGCUCCCCCGGCCCCUCCCAUCACAGAUAGCCCAGCGCAGGGGGACUCUGACCCAAAGAACAGCGUCACAGAGGACAGCUCAGAUGAGGAGUGCCCAGGGGGAGACCCCAGCUCUACACAUGACAGAGAUGCCUUUCCGCAGCCGGACUCCCAGAGCGGCAAGAGGAGGAACGCCCAGUUGUACGAGUGCCUGACGUGUGGCCGCGUUCUGAGCAACAACGCCGGCCUCCGCAGACACAUGGUCAUCCACACGGGCAUGAGGCCGCACCAGUGCCCCGUGUGUGGGAGAGGCUUCACCCAGCGAGGCAACCUCAACACGCACAUGAAGGUGCACGGAGAGGAGAAAGUUAAGCUGGCUUUAGCUCAGAAGAAGCCCACUCCCACAGAGUCCCUGGUGCGAGCCCACGUGUGCUUAGAAUGCGGCAUGAACUUCCCCGACCUCAAGCAGCUACAAGAGCACAGGGCCACGCACCGAAAACCCUUCAUCUGCAAAGACUGCGGCAAGGGCUACAAGACGGAGAUGUGUUUCAUCAACCACAGACUCACCCUCCACACCGAGGGGCCCUGGUUCCCUUGCUCCCACUGUGGCAAGCCCUGGGCAACAAUGGACCUCCUGAAGAAGCACGAGCAGUGCCACUCCAAAGACAAGCGCUUCAUCUGUACACAGUGCGGGAAGGCCUUCUCCAGAUCGGUGUCGCUAACGGCCCACAAGAGGAGGACCCAUUUGGGGAUCAUCAAGCAGUUCCUCUGCACGGUCUGUGGGAAAAGUUUCAGCGAGUCGGAAGCUCUCAAAGUCCACUUGAGGAAGCACUCCGGGGAGACGCCGUACUCCUGCGACAUCUGUGGGAAGGCCUUCUACCGCAUCCAAAACUUCCGGAAGCACAUGCGCGUCCACAGCGGUGCUCCAAAAGCACCCCCCACACUACCACUGGGACGCCCCAAAGUACUGCAGCAUGACGGGCUGGAAGCAUGA